GACUUCAACUGUAUGUGUGUUAGUAGUAUAUACUGCAUAAUGUACACUGUGUAGCACUGUCUCCUCUCUCCAGUAGACUAUCAUGCCUCGGAGUCCUACGUCCAGUGAGGAAGAAAUGGCCCAGAGUGUCUCUGACGGGUCUGGAGGUUUUGAGACAGACAGCUCCAAGGAGGAGGCUGGCCAUGGAGGACCUAGAGGGGAAAGGGCCAGCAGAAGGACCGACAGGAGAGCAGAGAAGGAUAAGGCCGCCCGCAGGGAGUCACUGGUCUUCUGUGUGGUCAUCCCUGACCUGCAGCAGUCUACAUGUAUGAGGUUUAAACCCGAGGCCACCGUAUGGGUUGCUAAACAGCAGAUCCUGUGUACACUGACCCAGACGUUGAGGGACGUGCUGAACUAUGGCCUGUUUCAGCCCGCCGUGGAGGGCCGCAAGUCUGGCUUCCUGGACGAAGAGCGCCCCCUCAAAGACUACCCUACUCCCGCCAGCAUCAAGGGGGUUCCAACUCUGGAGUUCCGUUACAAGAGCAGGGUCUACCAGCAGCCCAAUGUAAACGAAAAGCAGAUUGCCAAAAUCCACACGCAGGCCAACUAUAGGAAAUUCAUGGACCACAUUCAGCAUCUCCAGCUGGAUAAAGUGGUAAAGAUGCUGGAGAAAGGCCUCGACCCCAACUAUCAAGACCCUGAUACUGGUGAAACUCCACUGACCUUCGCAGCCCACCUUUACAAUGUGGAGCAGGUCAUCGUUGUAUUGAAACAAGGUGGAGCACAUCUGGACUUCAGAUCACAAGAUGGGAUGACCGCUCUCCACCAUGCGGUCAGGGCCAAGAAUCAGGCCACGCUGAAGGCUCUACUGGACCUGGGCGCAUCUCCAGACUACAAGGACAGCCAGAGUCUCACCCCCCUCUACCAUACAGUCUUGGUGGAGGGAGACCCAAGCUGCUGUGAGCUGCUACUGAGGGCCCACGCCACUGUCUCUUGCCAUGACGAGAACGGCUGGCACGAGAUUCACCAGGCAUGUAGAUAUGGACAUGUCCAGCACCUGGAGCACCUGUUGUUCUACAGAGCAGACAUGGGUGUCCAGAACGCCUCGGGAAACACGGCUCUACACAUCUGUGCUCUAUACAAGCAGGAACACUGUGCCAGAGUACUGCUUGUUCGUGGUGCCAACAAGGAAGUGAAGAACUACAGAAGCCAGACAUCAUUCCAGGUGGCCAUCAUCGCGGGGAACUUUGAAUUGGCAGAAUUAAUCAAGAAUCACAAAGAGACUGAUAUUGUGCCUUUCCGUGAGGCGCCGGCCCAGACUGCCCGGCGCAAGCAAGCCCCACGGAGCACCCUCGCUGCACCACGGCCGACGCUCUUGCGCUCCAACAGCGACAACAACCUGAACGUGAACAACCGGUCACCCCUGCCGUCCCCGAGCCACUCUCCCCUGCGUAGCCUCUCCCCCCGCCGGCCCCAGCAGCAGCAGAUGCCCAGCCCCAAUGGAACAGUCAGGACCAUGGGGAAGGGGGCUCCCCGCCCUCCCCGCUCACCUUCCCUGGGGCGCCUGGGGGAGGAAGCACGGAGACAGACCCCUCAGCGACAGCCCAGCCCCCACAGGGGUCGGGAAGCCUUCUCUGAUGGCAUAGACAGCCAGGGGCCCACGCGUAAGCUGUACAGUGCUGUGCCAGGCAAGCACUAUGUGGUGACCCAGUCCUACCAACCACAGGCCGAAGGAGAGAUCCCCCUGUACAAGAACGACAAGGUCAAAGUGCUCUCCGUAGGGGAAAGUGGUUUCUGGGAGGGCAGUGCCCGUGGUAACUUGGGGUGGUUCCCAGCAGAGUGUGUGGAGGAGAACAUCCCUAACCAAGUCCAGGAGGAGAAACCAUAUGCCAGGGCAGACAGAGCUGAGAGGAGGAAGCUCUUCAGGCACUACACUGUGGGAUCCUACGACAGCUUUGAUGCGUCAAGCGACUGUGUUAUUGACGAGAAGACGGUAGUUCUACAGAAGAAGGAUAAUGAGGGAUUCGGGUUUGUGCUGCGAGGGGCGAAAGCGGACACGCCUAUCGAGGAGUUUACUCCCACCCCUGCCUUCCCCGCCUUGCAGUACUUGGAGUCUGUGGACGAGGGCGGGGUUGCGUGGCGGGCGGGGCUUCGCAACGGAGACUUCCUCAUCGAGGUGAACCAGGAAAAUGUGGUGAAGGUGGGCCACAAACAGGUGGUCAAUACGAUCCGACACGGGGGAAACCGGCUCAUCAUCAAAGUGGUGACGGUUAGCAGGAAUCUGGACCCUGAUGACACGGCUAGGAAGAAAGUGCCCACACCUCCGCGUAGGGCUCCCUCCACUGCCCUGUCCAUGGCCAUGCGCUCUAAAUCCAUGACAUCAGAGCUGGAGGAGCUUGAUAAAGUGGACGAGAACAUGCCUCCUCAGAAGCCUAUGUGGGAGAACUCCAAUGCUGACGUAAGGGUCGCUAACACAGUCAAGUCACGGCCCAACAGCAGGUGCUUCGCCAUGAGCCCCGAGAUGAAUUCCAUGUGUGAGAGCCAGGAUAUGUCGAUGCAGACCCAGACCCAACCCAGAGAGCCAGGCAGUCCCAGAGGUCGAGGACCCUACCUGGGGGUGCCUAACAGACAGGGGACCAUGAGACGACAGAAGUCCAUAGGAACAUCUGGAAUAACAGAAGAGGAGACCCCUCAGUUUCUGACCCCUCCCAUGUUGAAAUUCACCAGGAGCCUCUCCAUGCCGGACACAUCAGAGGACAUCCCACCCCCACCCGCCAUCUCCCCUCCAUCUCCCCCUUACAACAACGCCCCCAACCCCCAGGGCAGAGGCUACGGCAUCAUCAGACACUCUGCUCCUAAAGGCACCGCCCCAGAGCGAGGGGACCUCACCGCGGGCGGCAGCGAUGGGUGGAGGGAGCAGGGGGGUAUGUACUACAGAGAGCCCCAGUCGGAACAGUACCAGUCUGAGGACCACCAACAGGGAAGCCACAGCCCAGGCCAAGGCCUCACAGCCCAGCAGAGCUUCCUGAACCGCAGGGCCCAGAUCCCUGAGAACCCCUACUCAGACCUGGGGAAGAUGGGCAACCUGGGGCUGUUUGCCCCCAACAAGCCCCAGAGGAAGAAGGGCAUGCUGGUGAAGCAGGACAAGAUCGAGGACAGCCCUGAGAAGAUCUGCACCAUCAAAAUCCCAACCAUCAUCAUCAAGGAGCCGUCUACAUCCAGCAGUGGUAAGAGCAGCCAGGGCAGCAGCAUGGAGAUAGAAACUGGCGCCCACGACCACCCGGGACAGCUCCGGCCCGACGACGGACACAACCCCAGCAGCCCCUUUGCCACGGCCAUGGCGGGCGCCGUGCGAGAGCGCGAGAGGAGGAUGGUGGAGUCUCACCAGAACUCCCCAUCCUACAGGUUCACCGACCAGGGUGAUGAAGACUCGCCUCCCGCCCCAACCCCUCGCCUCCGCCACUCCAAGUCCAUCGACGAGGGGAUGUUCAGUAGUGAUGAACGCCUGCGCCGCAUCAUGGCCCCACCUGCCUCUCUCCUCAACAUCCCCAAAGGAGGAGGCAAUGUGACCAACUUCAAUACCUCAGAGCCCAACAUGGUGAGGGAGCCACUCCACACCCGCACGGGUCACCACAGCCCGGUCAGUCUGCCAAACAAGACCUACACCUCCAGCAGCGGACACUACGUCCACCCAGUAACUGGGAAGCCUCUGGACCCUAACUCCCCUCUUGCACUGGCUCUAGCUGCACGGGACCGGGCCAUGAGAGAGCAGUCCCAGCCUCUCCCACUGAAGACUGAGCUACCCAAACCUGACCUGAACAAGCCUCUGUUCAUCGACACUAAGCUAAGGACUGGCAUGGAUGCGAGUUUCUCCGCGACGGCCACCAUGGGUCGACCAGGCAGGGCAGGGCUUCGCAGGCAGAUGACCGAGGCCAAGUACGAGACAGAGUCCAAAUACGACCACCCGCUGGCUAAAGACCAGGACAAGAGUCUAUCCCGGCCUGAGAGAGAAGAGGAGAAGAAGAACAUGUUGAUAGACAACGUGGACACGUCUCAGCAGAAGUCUGCUGGUCUGCUGAUGGUUCACACCACUGACGGAGCCAGGUCUGAGGAGAACAGCCUGUCUGAGGGGGACAGGGACGGGGCAGUGAGUCCGGACAGCACCCCCAGCGAGCUCCGGGAUCCCAACCAGCCUAACACCUCCAAAAUGUCCUCCCCUAACCCCCAUAACUCCCACUCUAUGGGCCCUGGUCCCAGAGGUAGUAAGACCAUGAUCACCGUCACCUCAGUAGAUGAGCCGGUCAAACUCCCCUUCGGCAUCCCCCCUCCGCCCUGCGUUCCCUCUGUUGACAUCGACGAUGACUUCUUCGCUGACCCACUGCCACCGCCGCUGGAGUUUGCCAACAGCUUCGACAUCCCAGAGGACCAGAAGGGGGCGAUCGCUGAACUGCUCAAACAGCAUCGAAACGCUGGCAGAGCCCCAUCGUCUCUAGCUCCCUUCUACCCCCAUCACGGUAACACCCCAAGCCACCCUGACCAGACGAUGAUCAAACGGCCUGCAGUGCUCACUAACUGUAUGCCCCCCAGCUUCACCCCCAACGCCCUGGAGAGCUACGAGCCUAUCAGUGACUCUGGGAUCGAUGUGGAGCCCGACAGCCGCAGUAGUGGAGACCCUCAGAUGGAGACUACGAGCACUGUAUCCACUGUGUCCAGUAUCUCUACGCUGUCGUCAGACGGUGGUGAGAUGCUGGACAACACUUGCACAGUCUAUGCAGACGGACAGGCCUUUUUGGUGGACCGGACCUCAAAGCCAAAAAACAGGCAACCUGCCGCCAACAAGAGUAAUGCACUUUACAAGGACCCCGCCUUGAUGGAUAGAGAAGAGAACCUGAGAACUUUCGGAACGCCCUCCUCUGUCCCGCCACCUCCCCCCGGGGCAUGCGUCCACUCAGAGCCCCCCAGAACACCAACGCAAAGGACCUCAAAGCUGUGGGGAGACCCGCCAGGCUCUAACCCCUAUGACAUGCAGAACAAGGACAAGACACCAAAGCCAGGGGAUGGGAUAGACUCUUCUUCCUCAGGAUGUAGGACCGUUUUUGGAUCAAGGGGUCCAGACGGUGGGUCCCUUGCCUCAGGUACACUGCGGAAUACCACAGUCACUUUUGCUGCCCAGCUCGGCUCGAGCGUGCCGGCCCCAUCUCCAAAACGAGAGACAGAGAGUCUCCCCCACCACCGAGCCCCCAGCCCCAUCCUCUCUCCUCCAGACUCAGGCCUCGGCUGUGCCUCCUCCCUCCCCGCAACCUCCCCCACCCUCUCGGAUGUGUUCGGCCUGCCCACCCCCCCUCUCAGCCUGGGCACGGGGAGCAGCCGCUCACCCUCCCCUCUCACCCUCAUGCAGGCCGUCUCCAACAAGCCUUUUGCCACCAAGCCGGUUCUGAUGUGGAGCAAGCACGAUGUGGCCGACUGGUUGGAGAGCCUAAACCUGGCAGAGCACAGAGACACCUUCAUGGACAACGACAUCGAGGGCUCCCAUCUGCCCAGCCUGCAGAAGGACGACCUCAUAGAUCUCGGGGUGACCAGAGUCGGCCAUCGGAUGAACAUAGAGAGAGCUUUGAAACUGCUGAUGGACAGAUGAGAAGAGAGGAUAGAGGUCUCUCAGUCUCCAACACGACAACUUCACAUAAUAGUUUUAUUUACGUUGACUUAUUUCAAACUAUACUUACUGUAUAAUUCUUAUGACGAUGCUUGUUUUGUUGAAACUUAGAAAUAUCCUCAUGUAUCCUGAAGAAACUGCAACUUGAAACAGCACUGCAGUUUCCUGAAUAAGCACAAAAGUCCCCCAGGGUGGGAUAGAGUGAUCCCAGGUGAGACACAGCCGCUCUGUCAGUAGAAAGUAAGGAAGCAGACACACAGGGACCUGGCUGCGAUGUGAAAUACACUACACUAUCAAACAGAACGGCAGCCUAAUCACUACGAGACUUAAGGACUUUUGAAAUCAACCCCAUUUGAAUGCAAAACCAGAGUCAGCUCUGCAGGGGUUUCAUUUUCUAUUGUAUCUCUGUUAGAAAGUAUGUGAACACUGAUCUCUUCAGGAAAAAGGGUGGGAAUCUGCACUGCACAGGGCCGGCACUAGAACCAAUCAGUUGGCCGGGCACAUUUUUUUUUACGGGACCUCCUAUGUGUGUAAGUGCUUGGCCUCAAGGUACCCCCCUCCCCCCCUCAAGCUAAAUUGAGCAUUCAUUUAAUAUAUGCUAUUUCCAAAAUAAUAAUUUGGCUUGUGUUUAUCUUAAGUAACAUUAGAAUACAACAAAUAUGUUUCAAAAAACACGAGCAUUUUCAUGCGUUUAUGUUACUGUGGGAUACAGUAUGUAAAAAGCUGAAAAACACGACGACAAAAAAAAACAUCCAAAUUCAAGUGUUCAAUAAAUUGUAUUCGUGGAGUGCCUUUGUUACAACUAUGAAACAGAAAGCAUAGGUGUGGGAACGCGGUAACAGCUUCCUUUUUAUGACAACAAAAUAAAACGCACCCCAACCACCAAGACGCGCGGUGUGCAGUCAAACGAUGAAAACAUCAGUAGCCUAAACAUAUAAGCGCCAAGUGUGCUUGAUAAACAGUGGAAAUCAUCACAAAGCAAUAAUGGCAUUUUACAAUGGAUAUACAGCAAGUGUCGAUGACAGCCGUAAGAAAUGGUCAAUUAUCAGUUGGAGAAUGUCCACCUCAUAUAAACAACGACAGCGCUUGAGCCCUGCUCUUUCAGUGACGACAUUUUGUGCUGCUAUUUGGCCUGUAGCAUUGUCACCGGCUUGUUCUUUUCCAAGCGGUGCCAUCCCUUCCUCUCUCCUGUCUCACCCUUUCACUUGUUGGUGGCGCAGGCACCUGCUCAGUGUGCACCAUUCUGGCUUUUUUUUUGGCCUUUACGCCUCGGAGGUGUAGAUUCAGCCUGAGGCUCAGAAUCAGAAGAAUAAUCAUCAGAGAUUUCAUCGUGAUUCAUUUUUUCCCUGCCAUCUGAAUCGUUUUCCAUUCAGAUUUUGUAGCAACGCUUGCCAUUUUACAUUACGCACGCUCUCGCUGUUUACUCCAAGUAGGCCAGACUAGGACUGAAAAGACUGCUUGGUUUCGGUGAACUGAUAUAGGGUACAUACUAUUUUGAGGUUAUAAUUAGAAUAGAUCAAUACAAUAGAAUGUUCCGCACUGUUCUUCAUUCACAAUUGGUGAUUAUAUAAUGAUGUAUUGUUCGCUUCCCCUCGCUCAUCAACUCACCCAUUCCCCACAUCGUGCUUUACUUCGUUUAUUGAAUCUGUUGUAUGUGUGAAAUUAGUUUCAGUAUAGUUUAGGUUCAGAUUCGAGACCGUUAUCGGGGUGGUUAUCAACUGGGCAUGGCACUAUCAUGAGAAGAAGGGGAGCAGGCCCUACUGUCGGCAGGGCAGUAGGCAAUUGGGGAGAAAAAAAAACAUGAUAAAACUGGUUCUGUUUGAUUCUAACAACAACAGUGUGAUUUAUAGACUUAUUUAGGAAAGGUCAAGGACGAAAGGGGAGUAGUGCAUGUUUUAAAUGAAUGGGCAGUCCAAAUGACCGCUUUAGCGGUGCUUGUGUGGGUUUUUAUGGUAAAGACAUUUAGCUGUAAAAAUGUAUGACCUUUUAAUGUGGCAUGAACAUAACCAGUCAUGAUGUUUUCAUCCGAUUGUCCAGCAAAUCACUUCAAGAGAUAGGUUACCUUCGUGCAUUCGUCCCAAAAAAGCAUCCGAGUGAGCGAGACAGCGCUCCUCUGUCUUACUCUAUGUAGCCCAUGUAUCUGAUGAGAUCUGGCAACAAAAAACAGAGAGAAUGACAUGCCAUGCUCUUUAAUUCCAGACACCGUCACAUACGUGGACUGCACCUACUGAGACAGAGGGGGCGCUGUUUCGCUCUCUCGGAUGCUUUAUCUGAGAUUGAUGCUGUCUUUAUGUCGGCGCGCGUCUCGGUCAAAUAAAUUAUACGCCACAGUGGACGCGUUAUAAUACCCAUAAAAGCUGUGUAAUUCCCCCACGGACAAGGUGAGUUUUAUCAAUAUAUUAAUAAUUUAAUAUAAUCAAUGUGAAAAGCUAGUUAUUGAGAAACAUUUACUUGUCCGGAGAGAUUUGCGCGGCUUAUACGAAGUAGUUCUAAAAUCCCAGACACAAAAAUUAAUGGUGACAAAAAAUGAUUUCAACCAUUUCCUGGUUUUAUGACUUGUACUGUGUUACUCAAUAGGGCUUAGGGGGCGGGCCAUGGCAAUUGCCCAUAACUCCGGCCAUGGCCCUGCAGUGUGUGUAAUUCAUUUUUCUCUCUCUCCCUUUUUACCGGGAUGUAGUUUGAUUUGAGGGACAGUGCAGUGUUUUCUCAGACGAAGGUAUUGCACAUUUCUACUCCUGAAAGGGAGAUCACAUCAGAUGGAUUACAAAAUAGGUACAGUAGCAAGUUGUUGCCCUUAGAUUUCACUUGCCAUGUUUUCAACAUACUUUCAAGUUUUAAUAUUUGUUUGUAGUUAUGUUUUACUUGAGGAUGGAAAGUGGAACACAAUACAUAUUGAAAAUGUAAAUUCAGUUUAUAAAUCAUUAUACUGUCUUCCACAGGAAGCUGAAAUGUGUGCCAACAGCUCUCCCUACUGUUGUCUCCUGAACAUGACAUGGCAGAGAGAGCAGAGCUUGGCAGUCAGGGCUUUCCAAUCGUUAUCACCAACCAUCAUCCUUUCUUUCGCAGUCUUCUAUGUCCUCUGAGAGGAAUAAUACACACAUUAUCACAUUAGGUUAUUACUAUACCCUGAACUGAUGUUUACGGCUUUGGGAUUGAAGACUCAGGAAUGGAUUACCCUAGUUCAACAGAGUAGCAGGGAUGGGGUCCAUUUCAUUUCAAUUCAGGAAGUAAAGUGAAAUUCCAAUUCUACAUUUUUCUCAUAGAGAAGCAUUGAAGAGAAUGUCCGUUUACUUCCUGAAUUUAAAAGGAAUUUAAACCAACACUGCAGAAUAGGCAUGUUUCUGAAGACGAACAUCAGUCACGUUUAUGCAACGAUGAGAAAAAGUAGGCGAACAAACACUAAAGCUGGAAUUUCCUUUUCCCCUUCCCCUAGAAUAGGAAUAGUUCAACUUGUUUGGCAAUCGAAGAGAGGCAGAUACCUCUAAGAAUCAAGUUGCUAGAAAUGUUGUAUGAUUAUUGAAGUAUUAGAGAUAGUAUUUAUUCUAUGAUGGUGUUUUGAUGUGUUUCGUUGAUGAGGAAGAAAGUUGUAGAUACCCACAGAGCUCAACAUGCUUCUUUUUAGAAUUAGGUGAUGCUUUUAGGGGGGAUUUUUACUCCCAGUGACUGCUGUUCUGGAACAUAUGGGAGCCACAGGACAUUUGCUAAACCAUGUGCCAUUGGACUUCUUUGACAGGUCUCUUUUAUACAACACGUCUGAAACUGGCCAAAUCCAAAACAGUAUCACCAGAAUAAGAAUGUCCUGAAGUGCAGCAUCAUUUCCCUCCGUGUUCUCAAGGCAAAGUCUCCUCAUACCAUCGCCAGUCCAAAAGGGCAGGGAUUCGCUCAUCGUAAUGUUGAUGAGUUUAAAUGUAAUUUACUCUCUCCACUGUUUUUACUUACUGAAACGGUCUGAGGUGGUAUUUUCCACUCAGUUUGCAGUGUAAACUUCUUGAUAUUGAAACCCCCUCCCCCCCCCCAAAAAAAUGAGGGUGCUAGCUAAAAUUCUAACAUCAGUAUUUACGAAACAUUCUUUUGGAUUGACAUCCCGGGGGGGGGGACUGAUGACUGAUGACUGUCUGAUGACUUUGUAAAACAAAAAAAGUUUUUAAAAAGUGUGAUGGUCCGCAAUCAAAAGGAUGUUGCCUAAAGCAUACUUAAUGUGUACGGUAUUCAUCUACGACUGUCCGAUGACUGUAGUAUGACCUCAUAACAGAAAAGUUCCAGUGCGAUAGGCUGUAGAGGGGUACUUGUCACCUGUCAGUUGUCACUGUUGACACGCGGGCACACGUUGAGAUGAGAUCUUAUGUUAAGAACCAUAGGAACAAGAAAGAGUACAGUAUUUUUUUGAUUACGCAGAGAUAUUUAAUGUUAGGAUGUAUUCCUAUCCGUGUUGUUGCCAUAUCAACCCUGAGCUGUGGUUAGGUUUUCCAAAAAGAAGAGAAAUAUGGUUAAGAAGCAAUAUAAUAUAAAUUCUGUUUCAAGUUGUUGUUUUUCUUAUUCUUUUCCAGGGGGAUAAUUAUACAUGUAACAGGAUUUCAAGUCUCUCUAUUUUUAAAAUUGAUAUAAAUAAUUGUGUUAUAAUCCAUAUUCCUAUAGAGCAUAUUUGAAACUUUUAGCAAUUGAUAGUCAUGCAUUUACAAAGCCUCUGUAAUUAUUAAAAGCUGAUAUAAACUAA